UGUUUGUGCGUGCGCGCGACUUUCAUUUCAUCAUUUGGAUCACUCCUCCCCUGCCAACUCCCCACAGGCAAAAAAAUGGCUGACCAGACUACUCCCCUCCUCCGCCGCAACUGGUGGCGCAGCCGCCUUUCCUCCAUUCCGUUCACCGGCUCACUCCGCCUGAAAACCUCCUUACUCUCCGAACUAGGUGGCUCCGUCGGCGACUUAGGCACUUACAUCCCCAUUGUCUUAGCACUAACAUUAGUCAGCAAUCUUGAUCUCAGCACUACCCUUAUCUUUACUGCAUUCUACAAUAUUAUCACUGGUACUAUUUUCGGAAUCCCCAUGCCUGUUCAACCCAUGAAAUCUAUUGCUGCCGUCGCCGUCUCUGAGAUACCUCAUCUCACCGUACCCCAAAUCGCCGCCGCCGGAAUCUCCACCGCCGGCACACUUUUAUUCCUCGGAUCCACCGGACUUAUGUCCUUCUUUUACCACUUUAUUCCUCUCCCUGUUGUCCGAGGCGUUCAGCUUUCUCAGGGCCUUGCUUUUGCCUUCUCUGCUAUCAAAUACAUCCGUUAUAACCAAGAUUUUACCAGUACAAAGGCUAGCACCACCACCCCACGUCCGUGGCUUGGACUUGACGGCGUUAUUCUGGCCCUCACGUCCGUUUCUUUUCUCAUACUCGUCACCGGCUCCGGCGAAGUCGUUGAGGACGAUGAAGACGGGAGCGAUCGUCGUAGAGUUCGGCGUAGAUUACGAAUACUAUCAGCAAUUCCGGCAGCUCUUGUAGUGUUUUUGUUGGGAUUGAUCCUCUGUUUCGUUCGUGACCCUUCAAUCAUUCAUGAUAUUAAAUUUGGUCCUUCAAAACUUCACGUUUUGAAAAUCACAUGGGAAGACUGGAAAACUGGUUUUCUCCGGGGUGCGAUUCCCCAGAUUCCGUUAUCCGUGUUGAAUUCGGUGAUAGCUGUGUGUAAAUUGUCAGCUGAUUUGUUCCCGGAGAAGGAAGUGUCGGCUACGAGAGUCUCCGUGAGUGUUGGAUUAAUGAAUUUGGUGGGUUGUUGGUUUGGGGCAAUGCCAUGUUGCCACGGGGCUGGGGGACUGGCUGGACAGUAUAGAUUUGGUGGGAGGAGUGGUGCUUCGGUGGCGUUUCUUGGAUUGGGCAAAUUGGUUCUUGGUUUGGUAUUUGGGAGCUCAUUUGUGAGGAUUUUGAAUCAGUUUCCUAUUGGGAUACUUGGGGUGCUUCUGUUGUUUGCUGGGAUAGAAUUGGCUAUGGCUUCAAGGGAUAUGAACUCAAAGGAAGAAUCUUUUGUUAUGUUGGUUUGUGCUGCUGUUUCAUUGACGGGUUCCAGUGCAGCAUUGGGAUUUGGUUGCGGUAUUGUGCUGUUUUUGCUGCUGAAAUUGAGGGAAUUGGACUGCUUUGAUAGUUGCUUUGGGAGAUCAAACGAUGAGAGUAGUCUCAAUCCGUAAGAACAGAGAAGAUAUAGAUUUCUUCGCGACAUUAUUUAUGUUCAUAUGCGAACUUGUGUUACCUAUUCCUUUGCGUCAGUACAAAAUCCUUCAUAAUCUAUAUAUAUCUUUGAUAAUAUCAACCAAAAAAAGAGAAGAUUCUGUAUUUCUUCGAUAUUUGUUUGUUAUGGAUCUUGUUCGCAGCAUGCUAGACUAUACCAAUUAGGAGGCAAUGCGGUUUUUGUUUGGUCCUGACUAAAGGAAAGAACCUGAACUCAUAAAUGAAAUCGAACUAAAAGAUUGCUCUAAAGUGAGGAAGAAUCAGGAAGCGCAUUUCGUCUUCCAACUAUAACACUCUCAAAAUAGUUAAGUAUUAAACAUAAGGUAGCAAUCUGAGCCUACUGAAGAAUUAAUGUGCCUCUAGGUGAUUGCGUAGUUUUGUAAACUGUUUUAAAACCUUGGCUUGACUCUUGGUGUGAAAGAAAUGGAUUCUCCUGUGAAAUGUACACAUAACAGGACAAUAGAUUGAUUUUUUCGUGCUGAUUCACUUGGCUAUAAGCUAUUGUUUUCUUUGCUCGCUAGGCUUUUUAUCAUAAUUGUUGACUUGCGUUCACAUGGUGCAAAUCAUUAGCUGUAUGUAUGCUUACAAAGCCUCUGGGUUGAAUUUUGCUUUGUUCCAGAAUAUCAGUCAGUACCCAAAAGCAACUAGAUGAUCAGGUAUCAAUUGAUACUCAUAUAAGGAUAGUUCUUGUAUCUUGACUUGUUCACCUUUUUCUAGUGAGUGGAUGAUCUUUGGCCUUUCAUCUUUCUGCUUAAGAUAAUAAGAGAAAUAAUAAUCUCCUUCCAAAUGGUAAGUCUGCUUUCAUUUUACUGCCUUCUAGUUCUGGCUAUCUUAAUGCUCUUGGCGAUCACUGCCCCAUUUUAUUCUGAAUUUGAAUCAUCAUCAGAGGAUGAGGAAAUCCAAAGCAUUUGUAAGUUUAAAUGCCUUUGUGGAAGCUGAAAACAGAAAGUAAUCCACUUUUAGCUAUAUCUUCUAGCAUGAAGCUUGGAACUGAUAUGAUAUAUAUGGGUACGCCAAAACACUCUCCUCUGGGCCAAUUCCUAUCUGAAACUAGCUUCUUUUUGAGCAUUGAGCAUAUAUUUUACUCAACAAGUUGAUGUUGAACUGGGCAUGUGUGGAAUCUUAUUCAUAGCCAUUACAGGGAAAAAAGUUGAAGAUUCUUCAGCUGCGCUGCAAAGAUGGUCUCUUCGGUUCCAUACAAGUGCUGGCUGCUCUGAUCUAACCAUGAUUUUCUUAACUCUCGCUAGUGAGAGGGUGACUUUUGAGGGAAGAGAAGUCUAACUAGAAAAUCAGACGCUAAAAUAAGACAAGGUCCAUAUUAUUUCAAACCUGAGCUACAACUUGAAUUACCAUUUUGUAUCAAACAGCAGGUAUCUAAAGUUUUGAAAUCCAUGAGUCAAGAUGAAUUGCACAAUGAAAGAAGCAUUUGACAUUGAUAUAGUUUCAAAGUGCCAUAGCAUGAUGCUUUGUGAGAAUCAGGAACCAUUAUUCAUCCUAGACUGGGAUAUUAUAGUGAGAGAUGCUAUAUUCAAGAAUUAUAAGCUCGAGUACAGAACUGCAUUGUUCACCAGAAACGAAGCUAAGCGAUUCUUUCUGCUGUAUUGAGAGCAGUCUAUCCUUCAGAGAACUGCAUCUUUCAUGAGCAACAUCUUUGGACCAACCAUUUAUUCUAAAAAAAAAACAAUGGGAUACUUCCUCUGAGAAGCUUUGCAUGGUUGGUUAAAUGGGACGACGAGUGACUGAUGGAAGUGAUUCAUGAAUAUGGUUGUGAUUACCCAACACAUUUUCACUCACUCAGUAAAACGUUCAUUCUCGAACCAUCUCCAGACUCUAGAAAAACAAUAAACGUUCCACGAGGGACUUAGCUAGUUUGUCUCUUUGUAGCACAAAAGUUGAGAAUAACAUGUAUUGCUUCACAGAAACCAAGGUAAGAUUACUCGAAGAAGAAUACCAGGGUGGUUGAGGUAUUCUCCUUUAGAAGUUUGUUCUGCUGUAGUUCUCUUUUUUUGCAUCACAGUAUGCUGCCUGGUGGAAACUGAGAUACAAGUUAGUAUUGCUUUUUGUUUCCUCAAAUAGCUAACAUGGAAUGGUAUCCAGGCUAAGCCAUUCAGCAAAUUUUAUUACAUUGGAUUUUGUGUUCUGAGGUUCCUUCUCUGCAUCUUCGACAUUAUGUCCACCUCAUAGAUUCUGUGUUCUGAGGUUCCAUUGUAAAUUGCAAGAUGAGUAGCUGACGGACAUGAAUAUCUUAAUCCAAACAAGUUUGAAAAGUA